AUGUAGCCAUAAGCUUAAUUUGCAAUGAAAGGCUCUGGAAUCGGCUCGGGAAUGGCUUACAACUAGCGAUAACCUAAUUCAUAUGUAGGAAAUCCAAUGUACACCAAUAAUCAAGAUUUGAUGUACGAUGAUGAAUAUUAUGAUGAAGAAGUUGAUUUUGACACUGAAGAGGCAUAGGCGUAUCAAUAAGCUUUACAAAUGUAGGGAGCUGGAGGGUUAACUCAGUAAAAUGUUGAAAUACUCAGAGCAGAGUAAGCAUUAGGAGAGGGUUAUGAGAUUAUGGAAGAAGAGUUGGAUGAAGAUUACGAACCUACAGGCGAAGAAAUUGAAGAAUAUGCUAAGUAUCUCGGUAUGGAUUUGAAUGAUGAUAGAGAUUUAUUUUACAUCGCCAAGGAAGGUCUUAAAGCUCCACUACCUAAUCCAUGGAAACCCUGUAGAUCACCAGGAGGAAGCAUUUAUUAUUACAACUUUGAUACCAGAGGAUUACAAAAAGAGCAUCCUUGUGAUGAUUACUAUAAGAAUUACUAUUUGAGAGAAAAGGGUAAUCAAAGAAAGAAAAAAGAAGAAAAGAUUAUUAAGAAAUAAAUUAAAGAGCAGUAAAAGAAAGUAAAGCUAUCAACUAGUAUGAAUUCAACCAGUUAAAAUGCUAACAAUGUGUCAAAUCCUGGGAAUACAUCUAUUCAUCAGAUGGCUUUGAUGAUGAAUAUGAGUGGAUUAGAUAUGUCAACAUCAAUAAUCAAUGAGAAAGUCUAAAUAGAGUUGGAGCAAAUAAUGGAUGAUUAUGAAGAGAAGAAAAUAUAGCAUGAGAGGAAAAAGAGAGAAGAACUAAAAAAGCUAGAUUCAGAUAAGGCCUCUUCUAAAUAAAAGAUUGUUGAUGAAGCAAAGAUGGAAGUUGAUGUCCUGAAGAAAGCUCAUGCUAAAAAUUAGGGGAAAGGUAGUGAUGACUAGAUUCAAAGAAGGAAGACAGAUUUAUAGAUUGAAAAAGAUAAACGAUUGAGAGAAUUAAGGGACUAAGAAAGACAAAGGUUAUUAAAAUAGGAAAAGCAAAAUGAAUCUAAAUUUGAUAAGAAGAAGGACUAAUUAAAGCGUGAUGAAGAAAAUAGACAUAGACUUGAAUCUGACAACAUCAAAACAAGAUAUAAGCAAAGACUUGAGAUUGAAAGAGAUAGAAUUAGGGAGGAUAAUAAUAGAUUGCUUGAGGAAUCAGGAGAUAUUGAUUUUUAAGUCAGACUAUUCAAGUCUGAAAUGCUUGAAGGUUAGAUAGAAAGCUAAAAGUAUGAUUUAGAGGAAGAACAAAGAAAUAAACUUAAAGAAUUAAAGCAAGAUUUUAAAAAGAGACUCGAAAAGGAACGUGAGAAGAUCGCUUAAGACUUUAAUAUAAAACUGGAAAGAGAAAAAGAUAAAGAGAUAAGGAAAUAGAAAGUUGAGUUAAGUAAGAUUGAUGAUAAGAAGGAGGCAAUGAAAAAGGAAAUGCUUAGUAAAUUGAAAGAUGAUAAGAAAAAAGCUGAGAAGGAAUGGAAUCAGUAAAUGAGAGAAAAAAGGAUUGAGGCUGAUGAAGAACUUGAUAGAGCUAAGAAUGAUCUCAAGAGAUAAAUUGCAAAGACCUAUGAAGCAAGGGAAAUUAGAAACGAGAAGGAUUUUGAAAAGCAAAGAUAGGAGAUCAAAUAGCAGCAAGACAAGUAUGAAACGCAAUCUCAAGAUAAGAUAAGAGUUGAGAAGGAAAGUAUUGACAAAGAAUUUGAGUAAUCAUGGCAAAAAGAAAAAGAAGAAUUUUUAAACAAUGAAAAUGAGAAGAGUCAAAAUUAUCAAGCAAUUAUUAAAGAAAUAUAAAAUGCUAGGACUAAGUUAAAAGAUCUAGAACUUAAAGAGUAAUAAUUGCAAAGAGAAUAUAAGCUUAAAGUGAAGGAGGUGGCAGACUUAGAAAUGGAUAAGAGAGGUAAAGAUAGACAAGUUAAGUCAACUGAUAAUGAAACUAGCUUUUAGCAUAAUGUUAAAGAGUAAUAACUAUAGAAAGAACUCAGAGAAAAAUAAGAGGAACUUGAUAGAAUCCAGCUUAUGAUAAAAGAUAAAAAAGAUUAACAAAGGAAGAAGGCUCAAAGCUAGGAUAGAGCUUCUCAUCAUCUUCCUGGAGAAGAUUUUCAUAACAUAGUCAAAGAUUUGGAUUAAGUUAAAGUUAUGAUAAUGGAUUUGAAAAAUUAAAAGCAGAAUGUUUUUAACCAACCUUCUUAAUCCUUUAAGACCAACAAUAAAGGCUUAAAUUUCAAGAAUAAGUUUUAGUCAGAUAAAUCUUAGAUAUUCGAUUAUGAUUUAUCUGAGAUAGAGACAUUUGUUGAGAUUAAUUUGCCAUAGGUCAAGGCAAAGAGAGAAAAGCAUGAUUAAGAUAGGGUUAUUCUGAGAUAAUUAAUUGCGAAUGUGGAAAGAAAUAGAAUGAAACUAAGAAAAGAUAUUUUGGGGACAAAUUCUAGUCUCUCUCAUACAAGAAGGAUAGCAGUUUAAAGUGUUAAAGAUAAAAUUGAUGAGCAGGCUCAUAUAUUAGAAGAUGAGGAAUCUUAGAUUAAGGAUAAGGCAGAUUUUUACAGGAGAAAAGAGGAGAAGCUAAGAACAAUCAAACAGAAGAUUGAUAUGAUUAGAGGAGAAGAUAAGUACGAUAGUGACCUAGAUGAUGAUAGAAAAGAGGUAUUGAUGAAAGAUGUCCAAAUUGACUAUGACAAAUAUCUAAAGCUCUAUUAGAAAGAUGAGGGAAUGUCAAAUAAAAAUAAGGAGUCUUUAAGGAAUUAAGAUUUGCAAGUUUUGCAGAAUAAAUGGGGAGAAUACCUUGUUGAUGAAGCUCGCCAUGAUUUAUCUCCAAUUAUUAGCUUCAAUCCUCAGAGAGAUCUUUUCAAGCCAAAGUCUCUGUACUAAAAAUAUCAACAUAGUGGAUCAAAAUACAGAGAUAGUAUUACUUUAAAUAGCAUCUAUGAUAGAGAAAUAGAGAAAGUAAAGGAAAAUAAAUCUAAAAUAAAGGAUUUCUUAACCGAUCAACAAAGAUGGCUAAGUGGAAUGAGAGCUGAGUUAAAUCACGCUAGCAGGGGAGCUGUGCCAGGUUCUAGAACUAUGAUGUAGCAUGUGGGUAGCAAUGAAACACUUUUUUAGUUAAAGAACAACUUAUCGAUUGCAUAAUAUUAUUAUUGA